AUGCCCACUGAUCCCCACCAACCAAGCGGCAUCGAACGAGCCAUCGAGUUUGUGAAGCGUUCGCGCUCCCGAUACGUGUCAAAGAACGAGAUACUCGACAUGCUAAUGGUAAACGCACAGCUUCGCAAAGAAGAGUUUGUCGACAAGGGCACCACAACGACCAAGCCCCAAGCGUCGCCCGACAUGUUCCUCCGCACAAGGCUUCCUCUGACGACCAAGUAG